AUGGACGCAAAAGAAGUGAAAGACACGAUUUUUGUCGCAUGGCCACCGCGGCCAAAGCCGGAUAACAACGAGACUGCCAGGUUUAGCAAUACCCAGGCCUCGGCCAGCCUGCCAGCAACAAGUAGCACCUCAGCCGCCACGCGGUCGCAACUGAAGGCCAAGCGAGCUCCCGCAAGGGUCUGCGGGUUCUGCAAGCCUUAUCUCGGUGCGGAUGGGGUCUGCCAUCACAGGAACAGGUCGUAUCAUUUCGUCCAUCUGGGCGGGCGGUCGGUGGCGCGCGUACACAAGCCGAUAAAGGGUCGGGGAUCGAAGCAGAAGGCGGUAGCCGCCGCAACCGAAGAGGACUCAAAAUCGAUGACGGAGACGCUGUGA